AUGGCUUCCCUCGCAAGUUCCUCGUCGACUGAGGGGACUCAGAACUGGUCUUGUCCCGAAGGCCAACGGGCUCUAGCGAAUAUCCUGCGACGUGAGACUGCAACGAAAUGGCCCGAUGGACCUCGCAGCUGGCAGGUCGAGGCUACGGGAUCUGUAUUGGACCGCGUUCACCAGCUCAUACUGGCUGGGUGCGGUGAGGGGAAGACCUCUGCGAUGUAUCUCCAUCUGCGUGUACACAAGGCACUCGCUCAGGACCCGACCUUACCGCGCUUCGGUCUGCGUCGCGUCGCGCGACCGGUCGCGCUCACUGUAACACCACUCACCGAUCUGGGUCGAAGCCAAGUACAUGAAGCAACCGAGAUGGGACUGCGAGCCGUCGCACUCGACAAGCAAACCGUCGACGCGUACGUCGCGCUCGGAAGAGACCUUAUGAAAGAGGUCCAGUCUUGCGAAUUCGACCUCGUUUUUGUCUCGCCCGAGCGGCUUUCGACACCACGCUUUGACAAAAUCAUGCGUGACGACGACUUUGUCAAGAGUCUUGUGUUGUAUACCGUCGACGAGGCCCACGUCGUUGGUCCAUGGAGCGAAGAUUUCCGCGAGCAUUACGGGGACAUUGACCGAAUGCGUGCUCGGAUGCCUCGGGACGUCCCCGUACUGCUCAUGAGUGCUACGCUCGACCGCGAGUCCGAGGUGAAGCUAGUGCGUCAGCUGAACCUCGGUGAAGGUCAAUACCGCACAAUCUACCGUCCCAUCGACCGCCCGAACGUCCGCACCGUAUUCGAGACACUUGAGCACGGAGUGAAAGGCCCCGAGUACCCUGAACUCGCAUGGACGGUCAAUCGGCCGGACCUAAAAAUCCUCAUAUAUUGCACAUCGUAUGAUAUCUGUACCAAUGUACAGUUCUACCUCCAAGAGCUGCUACCACUUGGUCCCGAGCGCAAAGACCGUGUUCUCGUCUACAACGCGCUUACUGCAGACCGUGGCACGCAGGCAGUCGGCCCCGAUGGCAGCAUCCCUCUCGACCCAGCCAUUGUCGCGUUCAUGAACGAUCCCAACGCGCACAUACUCAUCGCGACCCUCAAGUGCGGGAUGGGUGUUCAUCUGCUCGCCGACAUUGUCAUCAACUUGGGAUUACCGACGACUGCGGCUGGUGUGAUGCAGCAAACCGGGCGCGCGGGACGCGAUGGCCGCGUUGCACUGGGAAUUACGUUCGUCGAAAAGUCCUUCGUCGGAGCAGUGAGACGUAUGGAUGAGGCAGCGGCGAAGAGAGCGGAAGAGGAAAGGGCGGCGGCUAUGGCAGGAGAUACAGCUAAGGUGAAACGACAAACAAAAGGUUCUGCGAAGGUGGUGAAGGCAAGAGGCAAGGCAGCGAAGGCCGCCGCGCGUAAAACGGCCGCUGACGCUGAUGAGAACGAUGACGACGUCGAGGCUGCUAUCAAAGGCCGUAUGGCCAAUGUGCAGCUGCAGUCUCUCGUGCGAUGCUUGGGCAACGACCUUUGCUUAGUAGCCCAACUCAACUCCAUCUUCAGUCGGGUGCCAGAGGGCCACGCAGACGUUUCGCCGUGCAUUCCCGCCAAGAGGCGCUUCUUAUGCUCUGCGUGUCUGCGUCGGCUCUCGCCCACCGAUCCUUGCUUGACCGAUCAUGAUGAAUUUCGUAACAUCAUCUUCGGUAGAGCAGUCGCGGUCAAGACGAAGGCGGCAAAGGCGUCAGGUCAUGGGCUGCCACAUACGCCGAGUUUGGCUCCCACCGCGACCGGGCGCGCCAAUGCCAACGCGUCCGCGAUGCCCUCGAAGGCUCUCACAAAAGAGCAGCAGAACCUCGCUCAGCCCAUUCUCAACGCAUACUGCUACCGGUUCUGUCGAACUCAUGACGCAUUCAAGCACACUUCACGGCCGGCUCCUUCUUUCCUACCUCUGCCAGUUCGCGAAGCUCUGAACCAGCACAUGCUCUCCAUCUCUCGGCGAGAGGACCUUGACGCGAUCAUGGCUGGCUGGCGUUACUCGUCGCAGGAGAACUUGGAGGGCUUAUUUGCGGCGGUCCGAACAUGUCACGUCGAGUUCAAGGAACUCGAAGAGAAGAAGAAGAAGGCGAAAGCGGAGAGGUCGGCGGCGAAGGAGCUUGAAAGCAUGGGUAUGGCGACACAAACGGCACCUCCGAUGGCAGACACGAACUCGCCAGUAGUGACCAAUACUCUGAACACAGCCGACACUCGGCCGCGAACUGCCAAGAAGCGCAAGUCCGAUAUGGGGGCCGCAAUUGGAAUACCCGUUGAAUCAGAGAACAACCCGCUUUUACUGACGCCUUCACGCCGGGGACGCCGCGAUACUCCUCAUUCAACACCCAGUAGGACGCCCCGCCGCACAGAUCAUGGUGCCACACCCUCUACUGCCGACUCGCGGACUUCUGGAGGCUCGCGUAGGAAGCGGCGCUACCGUAGCCAGUCGCAUUCGCCCUGUCGAGAUCGGUAG